GGUGAGAAUCCCCUCCGACUAUCUGCGACAAAAAAUAUUGGAAAAAAGAGUUUGGUAUGUCGGAGAUUCUAUGUUCCAAGCUGUCCAGUGGUCGUCUUCAGCUUCUACUACCUCGCCACCAUUGGAAACGAUUCAGAUAUGGGCUCACCUGGGAAUCCCUUUGCAUCUACGACAUCAGGAGGGGUUAAGUCUGGUUGCGGGUUUGGUGGGUCAACCCAAAGAAACUGACGAUUUCACAUUGAACCUUGUCAGUUUGACUCUGUCUCAUGUCAAGGUAGAUGUGGACUUAACAAAGCCGCUUCCCAGUGUGGUGGAAUUCACCUGUGAAUCCGGGGAAGUUGUUGAGGUGAUGGUCUCCUAUCCCUGGGUACCGCCUACUUGUUCCCACUGUAAAGAACUCGGGCACAUAAUGAAGAACUGCUUGCUUCUCCCCCCUCCUCCAAAGAACCCGCCGCCCUCUAAAAGGUCAAGCAAAGCUGCAGCUUCGAAAGACAAAGCCACUGUCUCCCCGACUCCUAACCCUCCAACUGACAUUCCUAAGACUCAUGCCUCUUCUUCUGGUACUCCUGCCGCUGUAGUAAAUCCUCCAGAACCUUGUUCUACUGAUCCUCGCCCCUCUGCUUCCCCUUCUGUCCCUUCCUCCGACCGCACAAAAUCAGCCUCACUGCCUCCAUCUCAUCAUAUUCCCUCCCUUAACCCUUUUGUGUCCCCAUCGCCUAUCAAAGAUGCUCCCCUUUUGAAUCCUUCAUCUAUUCCCACUUCUCCUUUUAACCUGUCAACUAGCAUCAUCCCCCUGAACUUCUCCUCCCCUCCAUCGCCUCCUGAAUAUCCAAAAAAAACACCUCGUCCCUGUUCCUCCAAUCAAUCUUUUCCCUCCUUUAUUGCCCAACUAAAUUUUUUCUCCUCUUCCUCUUUUACCCCACCUCCCACUGUACCUUCUAAUCAUCACUUGUCCUCUAAACCCUUUGCUCUUUUGGCUCCUCCUGGUUCUCUUCAUCAUGAAGAGACCGUUGACUAAUUUCUAUGUAUACAAAAACCUUUUUUUGGAAUGUCCGCGGAUUGAAU